CUUGUUUUGUCCUUCCACCUGCUUAAACGGAAUGUAUUUUUCCAGCUUUGGGGAUGUAUAAUUUAAACACACUCUCAGUCCGGCGAGUGCUAUGAUGGUCAAUCAAAGUUAAACAAACACCUUGGUUCAGUUGAACUGAUUGGUUUAUGGUUUUUCUGUGAUUUCUAAGUUUUGCCGUCAAACCCUCUGACGGCUCCUGUGCCGGAUCAAACAUAUCCUCGCUGUCUUGUGUGAAAGAGCAGCGGACAAACGGAGGAGUUGACUGGAUCGGAGUGAAGUGGAAAUGGUCCAACAGCGCGCUGUUUUCUGUCUCGCUUGUCUUUUUGAGGCGUCCAAAACUCCGACAGGUCUGCACGAUGUGGUUUUAGCAGUGUGUUGGGAUUCUCACUGUUGAAUCUACAGGAUGCAUCAUCACUUGAAGCCACAUGAUGUGCAAACCGAAGAAAAGCGGAUCUGUCUGACGAGUUGUCUCCCCGAAACACCUCUUUAAACCUUUAGGCACCAAAUAUCCUACAGCGCAAUGAUUUUAACAACUUUAGUGAUUAUAUUCUCGUUCCCGGACUCCGUGUUCACCUUGAAGGGUGGCAUCAGCUCAGCCUCCCGUCCCGUCCACCUGGACUGCGUAAAGGCCAGUGAACAAUGUCUGAAGGAGUACUCCUGCAGCACCAAGUACCGGACGAUGAGGCAGUGUGUGGCGGGGAGAGAGAGCAACUUCAGUGCGGUCGCUGGUCCUGAGGCGCAGGGCGAGUGCCGCAGCGCAAUAGACGCCGUGAAGCAGAGCCCGCUGAACAACUGCAGGUGUAGGAGAGGCAUGAAGAAGGAGAAGAACUGUCUGCGGAUCUUUUGGAGCAUAUUUCAGAGCUUACAGGGUAAUGAUUUGCUGGAAUACUCUCCAUAUGAACCAGUCAAUAGCCGGCUCUCAGAUAUCUUCCGCCUGGCUCCCAUCAUAGCUGUUGAGCCUGCAUCCACAAAGGAGAACAACUGUCUGAAUGCUGCCAAAGCCUGUAACCUGAAUGACACGUGUAAGAAGUACCGUUCAGCUUACAUCAAUCCAUGUGCUAGCAGGGUGUCUGCUUCUGAGGUCUGCAACAAGCGCAAAUGCCACAAAGCUCUGCGACAGUUCUUUGACAAGGUUCCAACUAGAUACAGCUAUGGGAUGCUGUUUUGCUCCUGCCCAGCAGGGGAUCAGACAGCAUGCGCAGAACGCAGACGACAAACCAUCGUGCCCGUCUGCUCCUACGAGGAUAAAGAUAAACCAAACUGCCUGUCUCUUCAGAACACAUGCAAGACUAACUACAUCUGCAGGUCAAGACUGGCAGACUUCAUCAGCAACUGUCAGCCAGAAGCUCACUCCAUCUCCGGCUGUCUGAGGGAGAACUAUGCGGACUGCCUGCUGUCUUACUCAGGUCUUAUUGGUACGGUGAUGACACCAAAUUAUGUGCGCGCUCUCGGCAUUAGCCUGUCACCAUGGUGCGACUGCAGCAGCAGCGGGAACAGCAAGCCAGACUGUGAUAAAUUUGCUGAGUAUUUCACCAACAACCGCUGCCUACGUAACGCCAUCCAGGCAUUUGGCAACGGUACUGAUGUUGGAGUCUGGCAACCUCAACCCCCAGUUCAGCCUACUGCAGCAGAGUCCAGCAUCACUCGGAGGGGCAAAGAGAGAAGCAGUAACGCACUGGACGCACUGACAGACAUGACCAAACUGGAAGGCAACUCAUUAUAUCACAUCUGUGGGACUUUACAGGCCCAAAAACUUGUGUCAAAUCAAACAGUGGAUACUGGUGUUUGUGUGAACCAUGACCUGGACGAGUCCAGUGAUUCACAUGCCAUUGCUAGAAGCUCACCAGCUGAACUCACCUGCUUACCUCCCUCAAGUAUGCUCCUGGCCCUGGCCUUUGCUUUUACACCAACAGUAUUACCACUUGAAGGUUUCCAGCUUUUGUAGGAUGUAACAACUGUGGCUCAACGCUCUUAUCUCAAGAAAAGAUUCAGCUCAUUUUAAUUUAACCAUUUUUCAAAGUGUCACGCCUACAUUUGUCUAGAAGUGGAAAAAAGCAACUGGAGUCCAUGUUGACUGUGUUGAAAACAGACCUACUGAAGCUGUCGCAGAGAUUAUCAUCUCAUUUGCCUUCCAUGCCUUGUGGGGGCAAUUUGGUGACUUCAAAACUCACACUUAAAAUACUUUUUUGUUUUGAGGGGGGAAGUAAAACCCUGUGAUCUGAUAACUACGUGAAUAAAUUCACUUCUUUUGGAGUGUGUGCAGUCAGUACACAUUUGACUGCCACUGUGCUGAACUGUGUUUUGAGGACGAUGUGGUUCAUUCUCUGCUUACAGUAACUGUGCUAUGAUUUGUCUUGCCAAUAAAGUUGAUUUAGUGAAAGAAAAGGAAAACAAAGUGUUGAUCUAAAAGGGUUGAUGUCACAUUGGACUAACACAUUUCAUAACUGCACAGUAUGGAAAGUGAUUCAUGUAACAUUACAUCCCAGUAUCCUCAAAGGACAAAGUGACAGUUUUCUCGUCUACAUUUUAGAUCAGAUAGAUCAAUUUUGUAGCUUGAGUCGAUUGUUAUGGUGUUUUUUAAUCACAUCACCCUAAAAAUAACACUUUGUACAUAUGAUACAUGAAAUGUGCGCUUUAUUACAGUAUGCUGCCGUUAGCUUGUGACAUACUGUCUGUAAUGUUGUUGAGACUAUGUUAGUAUCUGACGACUGAGGCCUCUCAGCUCUAUCCAGUGUUGCUAUGAUUUAGAAAAUGUGAUGGGGUAUGUUUCAUUGGUCAUGUGGAUAAAGGCUUUUAUUGUGUGAUUAAGUGCAUAAUUGUUAUCUUGGCCAGAACCUUUCAUUUUUAAUAAUAAAAUCAUCUGUAGCAGCAAAGAGAACAAAGAUAUUUAAGAAAAAUAUUUAAUAGCUGCAAAGUCAAAUGUUUUGUUGAUUUGAUCCAGAAUUUUAAAGUGCCAGUUUGCUUUUUUAUGUUUUUGUAUCUUGACAGAGAGCGAGUGGACAAGGGAUUGAUAAAUAAAGUGUGUACAAACCUACGAGUAGAGUGAACCACAAAAGACAAAAGCAGACUUUCAUUAUUAGCAAUUACUGCUGAUGCAAAUGGAGAUGAAAACAGUUAUUAUAUAUUUAAUGACACCCUAACCCUAUCAACGACAUUCAAAGAAUGUACAACAUAAUGACAGUAAACACUGAAUGCUUCUUUUACAUAUCCUUACCAUUUCUAAAGUGAAUAAAAUGUGUCACUUCCAUGUAUGAUCCCUGUCAUCUAAACUAAAGCCUCUAAUGAUGCAUUUUCAUCCUCCUCCUUUAUAGACUGUUUUUCAAAAGGUUCAAAAAGUUUUGGUCACACAGAACAACCUGGGCUAAGCUGGACCUACUAAUAUUACCAGCACAAACCUAACGACAACUCACACUGAAGGCCACCUUUAUGUACAAGUAGCCAUGAAAAAUGUUUGAAAUUUUGGUUUG